AUGUGCUUCGCCGUUGCACUGACAGCUGGCCAUGCGGUGGAGCAGGAGCUGCCAUCGACGCACGCUGUUCACGCCUAUGGUCCGGCAAUACACAUCAGCUCGGGUGUGCUGCAGCUGGCUGCCGAUUCGGACACACAGCUGCUGCUGCUGCCCAACGUGCAGGCACCCUCGCCCCUAGCCCAGCCAUGGCCGCACUUCUACGUUGAGGGCCUGACCUCACACUUGCCACACGCGGCCACGCUGCCCCAGCAUGAGCCACGCAUUGUGAUCAGCGACAAUUUGGACUUUUCCGAGCAGCCGUUGGUAAAGGCUCAUGGCCCUUAG